CUAACCUUCAUUGCAAGUGCAAUGUCUUGCACAAUGAAGAAAAAACCAGCAUUGGAUCAUGUUUAUUUAAAUGAUGCCUUUCAGUGUUCAACGAUAAACAUCAAUUUAAAUCUUCCAGAAGAAGAAAGUGUGGAAGGAUGUUCAAAAGGAUCCAAGGAGUUUAUAUUGACGGAAGAGGGGAAAAAGAUCAAACCAAAGCAGCAAUUUACCCUUCCAGAUUGUUCGAAAAAUGUACUGCGGAGCGGUUACCGACGCAUCUUCAAUAGAAAGACACUUGAAAAAAGAUUGCCCAUCUUAACAUGGCUGCCUAAAUAUAGUAUUGAGGAUGCAACGAGCGAUCUGAUAGCAGGAAUCAGUGUUGGAUUAACGGUUAUACCGCAGGCAUUAGCAUAUGCCGCAAUUGCCGGACUGCCAGUGGCGUUUGGAUUAUAUUCAUCGUUUCUGGGGUGCUUUGUGUACAUAUUUCUGGGCAGCUGUAAGGACGUUUCGCUUGGUCCUUCAGCAAUAAUUGCGCUACUAACGUAUCAGGUAACGCAGGGCUCCUGGCAAAAAUCCGUUCUACUUUGUUUUCUCUGCGGGGUUGUAGAGUUGACUAUGGGGCUUUUAGGUCUAGGAUUUAUUAUUGAGUUUGUUUCGUGUCCGGUUGCCUCAGGAUUUACCUCAGCCGUUUCGCUAAUUAUUCUCACCUCACAAAUUCAGAGCGUGCUGGGCAUAAUAGCCAAUGGCAAUACAUUUGUUGAGAGCUGGACGCAAAUCAUUAAAAACAUACAGCAUACCCAACUUUGUGAUGCUGUGCUCGGCGUCACCUGCAUUGCCCUAUUACUGAUAAUGCGCAUGUUGUCAAAUUACUAUAUUGGAGUGGACCAAGCGGACCAAAUGACAAGCCGUCGCCGUCUUGCUAAUAAGGUUAUUUGGACUGUUGGCACAGCACGUAAUGCCAUACUCGUCAUUGGAUGUUGCAUAAUGAGUUAUUUGAUGCAUAGCGAGGAGCAUGGCACUCCAUUUCGCGUAGUUGGCGUUAUUCCUCCUGGUCUGCCCAGCAUACAAUGGCCGCCUACAUCGAUAAGCAUUGAGCAAGCCAUCGACGGCAAGCCUCAUGGAUUUAUAGACAUUGUUUGCAGCAUGGUGUCUGCACUGUUUGUUAUACCGUUGAUAUCGCUUAUGGAAAGUAUUGCCAUUGCCAAGGCUUUUGCUAGUGGCAGACCAAUCGAUGCCUCGCAAGAGCUUAUUGCCUUGGGCACAGCCAAUAUCGCUAAUUCAUUUGUGCAGGGAUUUCCAGGUACCGGAGCGUUAAGUCGGGGUGCUGUGAAUAACGCCAGCGGUGUACGCACUCCUCUCAGCAAUAUCUACUCGGGCACUCUAGUUAUGAUUGCCCUUUUGUUCCUCACACCUUAUUUUUAUUUUAUACCACGAGCUACACUGGCGGCCGUCAUUAUAUCGGCAGUAGUUUUCAUGAUUGAAAUCAAAGUCAUCAAGACCAUCUGGAGAGCAAAAAAAAGUGAUCUUCUGCCCGGCAUUGGCACAUUUUUGGCUUGUCUGGUGCUACCACUGGAAUUUGGAAUCCUGAUUGGAAUCUGUAUCAAUGUUGUAUUUAUUCUUUACAAUGUGGCACGCCCCAAACUUAGCACAGAACUUUUUACCACGCAGUCGGGAGUGAAGUAUUUGAUGAUUACGCCUGAUCGCUGUCUAAUUUUUCCCUCAGUUGAAUACGUACGGAACUUUGUAAACAAACUGUCCAUUCGGCAAAAUCUACCCGUUGUUAUCGAUGCGUCCCAUGUGUACGGCGCAGAUUUUACCACGGCCACUGUUAUAAACUCUCUCAUUCGUGAUUUUAGUCAGCGAGAGCAGCUUUUGGUUUUCUACAAUUUAAGACCGAGUAUUUGUGCGCUCUUCGAGCAUGUGUCGGUAUCCCAGUUUACGGUAUACUAUCAGAUAGAGCAGCUCGAAAUUUUUCUAAAGAACGUUUAAUGCACAUUAAGAUAUAUCGACAGAUAUUGUGUAGAAGCAAAGAGAAUAGAACACCCACAGGUCAACGACUCCUAAUUUAUUUAUAUAUUCAAUACAAUUAUUUUCCGUUUAAUAAG